CUAGUUGCGCUCCUGCCAACCCUUUCGACGAUAAAGGCGUUCGUUUCUAAAUUUCAAUUUGGUUUCAGACUUUGUGCCUUUUUACCGAAACUCACCGAUGACCACUACAGAGUCUAUGUGGCACAUUGCUACAAUGAAGAUAUCACACCUGACAUUUUCUUGGAGAGCUUCAGAUUUGGUAUUUUGAAAUUUGAAUACAUCAAAGCGCAUGAUUACUGUAAUGGGAUAAUAGGCAUUUUGGAUUACAGAAAAAUGAAUAUCAUGAAACUAAUAGCAGCUCUAGAACUAGUAACAUUGCAGCAGUUCCUUUGCAUUUUAAUGGAAGGCUAUGGCAUAAGGAUAGCAGGAGUACAUAUAGUGUCACCCUCGAAAGCAGUCGAAGCACUCGUUAAAAUAAUAAAGCCUUUAUUCGGACCAAAAGUGUCACAACGAAUCCACGUCCACGCAACAAUAGAGGCUCUAUAUGAUUAUGCACCUAAAAAAUACAUUACCUCUGAACUUGGAGGGAACGAGGAAUCUAUAGCUGUGUUAAAAGAACAAUGGAAGGAUCUUCUUGGCACUAAAGAAAACGUCAAUUACAUGCAAGAGAUGAGCAAUGCUGUGUCCAACGAAGCGUACAAAAUAAAAGAUAAAUACAACUUGGAUGGUGCUGGAACCUUUAGGUCUUUAAGUGUUGAUUGAUUAUAUUAUUUUUGUAUUGAU